GUACCCCUCCUCCGCGGCUGAGCCCGGAUCUCCGGCUGCGCUGCGCUGCCCGGCGGCGCCAAUGCUGAACAUGAGCGAGGAGCAGGUCAAAGCCCUGGAGGCGCCGGGCAGCCCGGCCGGCACCGCCAGCUCCCUCUCGCACGUGGACUCGGACUCGGACGCACCUUCCUCGCCGGCCGGGUCGGAGGGUCCAUCACCGGCUUCGGCGCCGCGAUCCUCCAAGGGCGAGCCGGGGGACGUGGACGAGCGCUUCCCCGCCUGCAUCCGGGACGCCGUCUCGCAGGUGCUGAAGGGCUACGACUGGAGCCUGGUGCCCAUGCCGGUGCGGGGCAAUGGGGCGCUGAAAGCCAAGCCGCACGUGAAGCGGCCCAUGAACGCCUUCAUGGUUUGGGCUCAAGCGGCGCGCAGGAAGCUGGCCGACCAGUACCCACAUCUGCACAACGCCGAGCUCAGCAAGACGCUGGGCAAGCUCUGGCGCUUGCUGAGUGAAAAUGAGAAGCGCCCCUUUGUGGAGGAGGCUGAACGACUGAGAGUUCAACAUAAAAAGGAUCACCCAGACUACAAAUACCAGCCACGCCGGAGGAAAAGUGUCAAAGCUGGCCAGAGCGAUUCAGAUUCAGGAGCUGAGCUGAACCACCACGGAGGAUCCCAGAUCUACAAAUCAGACUCAGGCCUGGGCUUGAUGAGUGAAGUGCAUCACCCCAAUGACCACACAGGGCAGCCCCAUGGACCUCCUACCCCACCUACCACCCCUAAGACAGACCUUCACCCUGGGAGCAAGCAAGAGCUGAAGCACGAGGGCCGGCGCCUCAUGGAAAGCGGCCGGCAGAACAUCGAUUUCAGCAACGUGGAUAUCUCCGAGUUAAGCAGUGAGGUCAUUAACAACAUGGAGGCUUUCGACAUCCACGAGUUUGACCAGUACUUGCCACUCAACGGCCACUCUGCCAUGCCAGCCAGCCAUGGGCAGAACUCCACCGCAGGGUCUUAUGGGACUUCUUACGCUCACCUGGCCAACGGCAGCACCGGGGGGUCCUCCCAGGUAUGGACUCACAAGAGUCCUACAUCGGCCUCUCCUUCUUCCAGCGAAAGCAGCCAGCAGAGGCCUCACAUCAAGACUGAACAGCUCAGUCCGAGUCAUUAUAGCGACCAGUCUCACAAUUCUCCGACCCAUUCGGACUACGGAUCCUACACGGCGCAGGCGUGUGCCACCACCGUGUCCCCGAGCUCAGCCACGGGAUCUUUCUCCAGCUCCCAGUGUGACUACACCGAUCUUCAGAGUUCCAACUACUACAACCCCUACUCGGGCUAUCCUUCCAGCAUUUACCAGUACCCAUAUUUCCAUUCUUCUCGCCGGCCGUAUGCCACCCCGAUCCUUAACAGCCUGUCCAUCCCUCCUUCUCACAGCCCCACCGCGAACUGGGACCAGCCAGUCUACACAACCCUGACAAGGCCUUGAGCGGACGGAAGGAGCUGCUUCUCGAGGUCUUCCCUACCAGCCUUCAACAAGUAUGCACUACACAGAAACAAAGACGGAGCGAAGAAGUGGUGAUGAUGAGUAACAAAGAACCCUAAUGGAGCAUCAUUGCAUAAUCCGAAGUGCCUCCCGUUUUGUCGGUGUGCCUGGGCAUUCUCUCCAGAACCUCUUCGAUUUUCCAAGGCAGAGUUCUAUUUUGUUUAUUCUGACUCGUAAAUCAUAUUAAAUACCAUCCGGACCAAUGAAUGCUCUUGAAGAGACGAAGGACGAUCCAGUCUAACUCCUCUGUGAGAACUUUGCAAUGAGUUUGGUUUUAAAUCCAUGGCUCAGAAAAAAUGGAGGUGAAGAUGAUGCUUAAGGUUUUGUGGCAAACUAGGGACAGAUCAGGCUUGCACAAAAACCCAUGUAGGAUUUUGUUUUUAAAUCCUAAGUGUUCAAUUAACAAUGCUGAGGGACCAUUCAAGAAUCUUUUGGGACCAACCACCCAACCAACU